GGUGGACCAAACUUUUAUUUUUUUUUAGGCGUGUCCAAGUAUCGUGAGUCUCGCCGACCCGUAUUCACUUUGGUUAAAGCGCACCUCAUCCUCCCACAACCCGGCAACCUGGCACCUGCGAUGGCACCAAAAAGCUCCAUUGGCUCGCUUGCGGCGAUGAAGAAGAACAUCAACGAAAAAAAGAGCACCCCUGCUAUCAAAUCCUCGUCCAUUCGAGCGCGUGAGCUGCCAGCCAGUUCAAAGAGCAGUGAGUUCGUCGAGGACUCAAGUAGUAGCAGUGGAAGCGAUGGCAGCGACAGCGAUGACGGUAUUGAAGCCGCUCGGAAGAAGCUCGAGGCCAAGAAGGCAACUGCGCUGAAGCCCAAAGUGAACGGAAUAAAGGCGGUCCCAGCGACUGCGACCGAGGUACAGACUGCUAAGAAACCCCCCAAGGCCGACUCGGAAUCCGACUCCGAGUCAGAUACCACAAGCUCCGGUUCAGACUCGGAGUCUGAGAAGAAACCAGCCCCGAAAACAGAUGCAAAGAAAAGUAGUACGAAUACUUCGGACAGUGGCUCCACUAGCAGCGAGAGCGGCAGUGAGAGCGGCAGUGGGAGCGAUAGUGAGAGCGAUAGUGACAACGAAGAGGAGUCAGGUGCAAAGGCCCAGUCUGUCGCAAAGACUCAAACUCCGGCGAAACCCACGACAACCAAGCCUGCAGCACAGGCAGCAAAGAGUACUGAAGACAGCGACUCUAGCUCAGAAGACAGUGAUGAUGAGAAUGAGGUGGACCCCAAGGCUAUUGCUAGUAUCAAUGGAGCCUCUGGUGCUAAACAAGCUGGUCAAGUUGCCCAACCCGCAUGGCUCGAGAAUUCCGAGUUCAUGAUUCGCAAAGCCUCGUCAGACAAUCCUGGCAAGGAGGUUGCCGACUUCUUCAGCAAGGCCAAUCUGGAGGGAAAGCAGGUUUGGUACUUUACUGCACCAGCAUCACUACCAAUCACUGUUCUCAGAGACAUGGAGAUCGAUAUGGCGAAAGCUGCGGCCGGUGGUACCAUCAUCAAACAUCAGGGCGACUCGUAUGGCCUGGACCUGGAACCUUAUGCUACAAACAACCAAGUCCAAAUCCUCAUGGCCAACAAGAAAGGUGACAAGUGGUCUACUCCAGUCUCCCACGGUGUCGACUCGACUGUCCACAUUCGUCGCGAAGCUAAGUUCGGGGGCGAGAGCACGGUCAGCGCAACUGCAACAGAUGACUAUGUGCGCCGACCCAAGCCCAUCCGAGAGCAGCCCGAGGGACUCAGGGCCCGCUUUACUCCUAUUGGCGUCCCCAAUCCGAAGCCGGUCCCAUUCACUAGGCCGGCAGUCAAGGCCUCGGCUAUAGCGUCUUUGCGGACCAAGCCUGCUGCCGAGUCUUCCUCCGAAAGCGAUUCAGAUGAGGAGAUGACCACCACAGCGGCAUUGCCCUUCCAGCCAAAGCCCGUUGCCAACGACAACCUAAAGCGGAAGCAGCCUGUGGAUGAGAGCGGCAGUGACGACGAUGACACUAGCAGCAGUGAUUCUGACGAGGCUGAAACUUUGCCUCCACCAGCUAAGGAGACCAAGCCAGCAGGGCAGCCCGCUAAACGAGCCAAGAUGCUGGAUUCCAAGUUGUCGGCUGACAUGGCCAAGACCACUUUUGCCACCCCGCAAAUCCCCAGUUCACAGGCAUCGAAAAUUACCAAUAGGUCAAACACCAAGGAUUCGACACCAACUUCAAAGAAGGCAAAGAAGCAUGAGCCCCCGUCCAAGGUUACACCUGUUCCUCCCCCGCGAAUUGGAAUCCCGGGCAAGUAACGCUCGCCGAGUUCUCGCAAGCGGAAAGAAUAGCAUUGAUUGGACUGGACAAGUAUUAUCGGGGUCCUGAUUCCCUGAUUCUCGAAAAUCAUCACCGAGCACUGUGCAUCUACCCUAACCCUUAGUGGAUUUGACGUCGGGUACACUUGGUUUACAUGGUCUUCACUCC